CCCUUUGCUGGCUAUCGCUCAGAAACCAAUUGGUGAAAUGCCGCCCCGGCUGCAAAGAUUCUUUUUGAGAAUGAUGCGCUAUGACACGGAAAUGCGGUUCGUUCCAGGAAAACAGCUGCUACUGGCCGACAUGCUGUCACGGGCUCCCACCUCAAGUCGUGCCGGUGACGUCAGCAGCGAUGACGUGGAAGUGCACGCGGACAACACCACUAGAGUGCGGACAGGGCCCAGCGGAGAUAUUACAAGGCAGAAGAUUACGCAACACCUUGCCGGACGUGGGGACUGGACCGGACCACGCCAUCAUGAAGCGCUCCCAGACCAAUCGCCCCGGAGGACUGCUGCCGCCGCUCGAAACAGGGGCCACGGUUCGUCUGCGUUCAAAAGGGGCCUGGACAAGCAAAGCUAAAGUUCUCAGAUCGUCCGGACACCCCAGGUCCUACGACGUCACGACAGAGCAGGGGCGGCUCCUGCGACGGAAUCGUAGACACCUGCUGCUAACCAGCGAGACCUUCAGCCCUGACCUUCCUGAAGGCAACGAGGAUGAAGCGCAGUCUACAACGGCAAAAGAGGGGCCAAUGACCUUGCCCUUGCCGGGGUCCAGUGAUGCGGCGCCUAGCACGGGCAUAGACGCAUCACCAAUUCUAUGAAGAUCACAGCGACAGCGCAAGGCACCUAAACGCCUAGCUUAUAACG